AUGUAUCAGGGUCUGGCCCUCACCCCCAACCAUGGCCAGUCGGCUUAUUCCCACGACUCCAGCAACUUCCUCCACUCGUCGGCCGGCUCGCCCGUCUACGUGCCCACCACCCGGGUGCCCUCCGUCCUCCAGACGCUGCCCUACCUGCAAGGCUGCGAGCCGCACCAGAGCCACCUCGGCAACCCCCCGGGCUGGGGGCAGAGCGGCGGCGAGCCCGCGGCUUUCAACGCGGGCAGCCCCCACCCGCCGUCGGGCUUCUCGUACUCGCACAGCCCGCAGGGCAGCAGCCCCUCGGGCCGCGACGGCGCCUACCAGGGGCCCCUGCUGCUGGGCGGCGGGGGCCGGGAGCAGUACGGCAACGCCUUGGUGCGCUCCGUUAACGGGUCCUACUCCAGCCCCUACCCCGCCUACGUGACCCCCGAGAUACCGCCUUCCUGGACGGCCGGACACUUUGAGAGCAGCGUGCUGCACAGCCUGCAGACGAGGCAGGCGGCCUUGCCCGGCCGCAGGUCCACUUUCGAGUACCUGGAGGAGUUCCCCGGGGACGGCCGGGAAUGCGUGAACUGCGGAGCCAUGUCCACCCCGCUCUGGAGGAAGGACGGCACCGGGCACUACCUGUGCAACGCCUGCGGGCUCUACCACAAAAUGAACGGCAUCAACCGGCCGCUCAAGCCGCAGAAGAGGCUGUCUUCAUCGAGACGUGCUGGCCUUUGUUGCACUAACUGCCACACCACCAACACCACGCUGUGGAGAAGGAACGCCGAGGGCGAGCCCGUCUGCAACGCCUGCGGCUUGUACAUGAAACUCCACGGGGUACCACGACCUCUGGCCAUGAAAAAGGAAAGCAUCCAGACGAGGAAAAGGAAGCCUAAAAACAUUACCAAAGGCAAAGCCUCAACAGGAUCCACAGCUUCGGCCACCAACUCCCCUUCUUCCAUUACCAACUCAGACAGCACGGUCACUUUAAAGUCAGAGCCCAGCACAACCUCCCAGUACCCCGGACAAGCCAUCGUGUCGGUGUCCCAGGCACAGAGCCAGUCGGACGAGGCGCUGGCCGGCGGCCACGGCGAGUUCAAGUUUGAGCCCGAGGACUACAGCUUCUCCCCCAGCAGCAUGGCCCCGCAGCCUGGGCUGAGCGUGCCCCUCCGGCAGGACUCCUGGUGUGCCCUGGCCCUCGCCUAG